CAUUUCGUCUGUCAAUCGCUACAGUCGUGGGCCUUGCUGUCGUCGUUCCUCAAACGAAGUCACCGGAAGCACUACUGAUUCUAAACUCUCUCUCCCACUCCUAAUUACUGUUUCCAUCAGUGGGUUUUCCUUCGAUCGUGCGACUGGUGAUCGAGCACAGACAGAAGCUCUACCAAGAUGUCAGCGCUUUUCAAUUUUCAGUCAUUCUUGACUGUGGUGCUGUUGGUUAUUUGCACAUGCACUUACGUCAAGAUUCAGGCUCCUAAGAUUAUGGAUCAGAAAACUGGGUUUCGAGGCUUCUUCUGGAAAGCAGCCCGCAUAGGGGAGCGAUUGAGUCCGUGGGUUGGAGGUUGCUGCUUCCUGAUGGGAUUCACUGUCCUUUUCUUCUAAGUUGUGCACUGAACCACAACGUCAUUUGUUUCACCCAUAUACAAGACGUGCAAUCUAGCCGUCCUUGCUGAGUUCAUUACAGGGACAGUCUUUCUCAGCAGUCCAGCUCCAUGUGGCAUUUUUUGUAAGCUCUUGGAACUCCCUUUCCUGUAAGUUGUCUCUACUCUGGUUGGCACACUACAAUCGAAGCAUCUCCUUAUGGCAGCGCUUUCUCAGUUGUGUAUACUUGGGGUGACCAGCAGUCUCAUUGUUUAUUCCUCUAUGACAGUGAAAGUUGGAAUCUGGCUCUCACGCAGAGUCAUGUUCUAUUACUUCAAGAUUGCUCACUGUUCAGUAAUGGCUGUACCAGUUAUCUCCUUGAGGAAUAUGUAUUUAUAUAUAUAUGACCGGAAGAUGUGGGUUUUGUA